GUGUGUGUACAUUAUACACAUGUACACACACACGCGUUGCACACGUGCCGCGUGUGUGUGCUCGUGCUGGCUUUCCCGCCGUCUCUUGGCGGCAACGACAGCGGCAGCCGGCUCCAGUGAGAGUGUACAGGCGACAGAGAGUCACUACAGGCGACAGAGCGAGUGUACAGGCGACAGUGAGAGUGUACAGGCGACAGUGAGAGUGUACAGGCGACAGUGAGAGUGUACAGGCGACAGAGUCACUACAGGCGACAGUGAGUGUACAGGCGACAGUGAGAGUGUACAGACGACAGACUCACUACAGGCGACAGAGAGUGUACAGGCGACAGAGAGUGUACAGGCAACAGAGAGUGUACAGACGACAGAGAGUGUACAGGCGACAGAGAGUACAGGCGACAGUGAGAGUGUACAGACGACAGUCACUACAGGCGACAGAGGGUGUACAGGCGACAGAGUGUACAGGCGACAGAGAGUACAGGCGACAGAGUCACUAGUCUGUACAGGCGACAGAGAGUGUACAGGCGACAGAAGUACGGUGUGAAUGUGCUGCUGCAAAUUCUACUGCGACGCCCAAACAGGGAUUGAAAGUGUGGUCCUGCGUGUGUCAUGGAGCGCCUGCUGGAGCUGGGUCUCGAUGGCCUAGCGAGGGGUCAGCUGACAUCAUGCGAAGCAGAACUGCAGGAGCUGAUGCGGCAGAUCGAUGUGAUGGUGGGACAGCGCAAGCAGGAGUGGGAGCGCGAGCUGCAGGCGCUGUCGGCCCGCCUGGAGGUGCGUGAGCAGGAGCUCUUCCUCUGCCGCUCCACGCUGGAACGCAAGCACCAGGAGGUGGGCAUGCUAAAGCAGCAGCUGGAGACGGCGGAGACCUCCCACGCGGCGGUGGCUCAGCGGUAUGAAGAGGAGCUCAAGUAUUGCAAAGAUCAGCUCGGCAAGCUGAAGGGCAGUUACGAGAAACUCCAACGGCAUCAGCGGCGUCAGGCGAGUCGGAUCCGACAGGACACGGAUGGCAGUCUCGCCAGUGCAGAGCUGGGCCACCUGUGUCAGAAGCUGGAGGAGUUCCGAAGUCAGUCACUGGAGUGGGAGAAGCAGAGGAUCAUGCACCAAGAGCAGGUGGCCCAUCUGGAGUCACAGAGGAGAGCUCUAGCUGCCGAAUGCACAGCCAUACAGCAGCAAUCGCUGAACUACCAGGCCCAGUUGACCUGCUGGCAGAAUUCAAUGGAGGAGAAGGAUCAAUGUGCGAUGUCGCUCCUACAAAGCCAACUGGAAAAAGCCAGCAAGGUGCUGCAGUCCGAUCGGGGUGCAGUGCAGCAGCUCGGAGAGGACCUGCACAAGGCGGAGGCUGCGUGUGGGCCAGAGGCGGAGGACAGGCAGCGUCUGCGCGAGGAGCUACACCGCACGUGCCAACACGACAGACGGGAGGGCAGCGCUGUGUCCGUUGGGCAGCUGGAGCUGGAGAACCGACAGCUGCGGAGUGAGCUGGCUGCCCUGUGCUCUGCCGCCGCUGUGGUGUCUCAUCACCUCCCCGAUAUGGAGCGAUGUGAAGAGCGGUCGGUGAAGGAGCAGCGGGCAAGGAGUGAAGGUGACAUGUAUGGGCCGCACGGCCGACUGGGUGGCGCAGAGAAACCGCUCCAGUUUAACAUUCAGCACCUGUUCUCACUACCGGAUGGAGGAGAGCAGGGACACCCUGUGUCUGAAUUGAAGGCCGCAGAGUCUGCUGGGUCUGCUGGGUCUGCUGGGUCAAGGCACGCGACAGCCGUUGCCGCUGUCCCUCUGGCUGCGAGCCUUGAACCUCUACCCUACCCCAGAACCUUGUCUGAUGAUGAACUAGUCGACAGCUUUGCCAGUGUUAAUGAACCAGGAAGAUUGUUUCACACAAUGAAGACACAGGAUCUGGAUCUACUGAUUUCAGAUGAGCCGGUUGGGUCCAAUGCGGCUGUUGAACAAUUUUUGGAAGAAGAGUCGAAGCGUGCCAAGGAUCUGGAGAGACUGGUGGAAGAGCACAUGGACGGCCUGCGCAGAGAGACUCGACUCGCACUUGAGCACUUGGGUCAAGCCCAUGGGUCCCCAGCAUGAGCAGUAUGUGGAGUAACAAUGGGCAACUAAAACCCGUAGAUUUAUAAAGCUGUGUUUGGUCACGUAGACUUGUUUCUCUUCUUGGUUUUGUGAGUAGGUCUCAUGGUGUCAAUAACAUGUGUGUAUGCCCAGCCAAUACCGCUUGGCAGACGAGCCAGCACUAUUGUCAUGUAUCGACCCCCUAAAAGGAUCUCAAGUCCCAAGCCAUCGCCUAUAGCGGGUGACCAGCUGUGUGUGGUACCACCCAUUUCACGUUACAACUGCGUUUGCUGGUUUUCAUGUUUACCUCCCAGGCUUAGAGGGUUGGGGUGUGGGGUUGGGUUGGGUUGGGUUUGGG